UUAAAUUAUAAUUAUUAAUGUACCUGGACAGUCAUGGACAACUUGAGUAAAGUCCCUAAAGAUGGAGCAGAAAAGAAAAGAAGUGAUCCUAACAUAUUAUCGCGUUUAUUUAUAUGCUGGGUUUGUCCUGUACUCGUGAAAGGAAAUAGAAGGGAUGUCGAAGAAGAAGAUCUUAUCAUACCUGGAAAACAAUACGAUUCAAUUCGACAGGGCCAAAUAUUGGAAAGUUAUUGGAUGCAAGAGUACGAGAGAGCUAAUAGAGAAAACCGAAAACCAUCGUUAUGGAGUGCAUUACGGCGUGCGUACUGGCUCCAAUACAUGCCAGGAGCCCUAUACCUCUCUAUCAACGCUGCAGCCAGGAUGAUGCAGCCACUACUUUUUACUGAGCUUCUGUCAUACUGGUCUGCGGAUUCCACCAUCACUCGAUUGGAGGCUGGCUACUACGCCCUGGGCAUGUUGGGACUCAAUUUCGUCGCCAUGAUGUGUCAUCAUCACAACACUUUAUUUGUUAAUAGAUUCAGUUUAAGAGUCAAAGUGGCAGCUACAUCUCUCCUGUACAGAAAGUUGCUGCGCAUGAGCCAGGUGUCGGUUGGCGAGGUGGCGGCGGGCAAGCUGGUGAACCUGAUGUCCAACGACGUGGCGCGCUUCGACUACGCGCUCAUGUUCCUGCACCAGCUGUGGGUGAUCCCGGUGCAGGCGGCCGUGGUCCUGUACCUGCUCUACAUCGCCGCCGGAUGGGCGCCAUUCGUCGGCCUGUUUGGCGUAGUGCUCAUUAUCAUACCCUUGCAAGCCGUUCUUACAAAACUAACUGCUGUUGUAAGACGUAAAACUGCUGUCAGAACCGACAAGAGAAUAAAACUCAUGAGUGAAAUCAUAAGCGGGAUUCAGGUUAUAAAGAUGUAUGCUUGGGAAAUUCCGUUCCAAGCAGUAGUGAAAAUGGCCCGAUCGCAUGAAAUAGCUUCAGUAAAGAAUGCCAUGAUUAUUCGUAGCAUAUUCCUUGGAUUCAUGCUAUUCACUGAAAGGACAAUUUUGUUCUUAACAGCUUUGACCCUCAUUUUAUCUGGGUCAAUGAUCACUGCAACCACGAUUUAUCCUAUUCAACAAUAUUUUGCGAUUAUCCAGAUGAAUUUGACUCUUAUUCUGCCGUUUGCUAUUGCCAACCUGUCCGAACUAUUUGUUUCCUUAGACCGUAUUCAAGAAAUUUUGGUAAUGGAUGAAAGAGAGGAUAUUAAGACCAUACCAGGAGGAAACAAUACUAUAAGACCAGUCUCAUUUGACUCUAAUCCUAUAAAACAAGAGCCAAAUUCUAUUGUCCCCAAGAAAUAUACCCACAACGAUGAAUUCACAGGACAAGAACCGGAAACUCCUAUAAGACGUCCAUCGGUAGCCGUCGACUACGCUUUAGAGUUGGCGGGAGUGACCGCCUCCUGGUCGCCGAACGGCGACGAGACCACUCUUACCAAUUUGUCGAUAAGAAUACGCAAAGGCAAACUUUGUGCAAUGAUAGGCCCUGUUGGCUCCGGAAAAUCUUCAUUGUUACAAGUGCUGCUCAGAGAGUUGCCAAUAAGCAAAGGCAACCUCAAUGUGAAGGGACGAUUGUCGUACGCCAGCCAGGAUUCCUGGUUGUUCCCCGCAACCGUCCGAGAAAAUAUUUUGUUUGGACUGCCUUAUGACUCCAAUAAAUAUAAAGAGGUCUGUCGGGUGUGCUGCCUGUUGCCAGAUUUCAAACAAUUUCCAUACGGUGACCUUACUCUCGUAGGAGAACGCGGAGUGUCUCUGUCGGGAGGACAGAAAGCCCGCAUUAAUUUAGCAAGAGCAGUCUAUCGUGAGGCGGAUAUUUACUUAUUGGAUGACCCUCUGUCUGCUGUGGAUGCCAAUGUCGGCAGGAUUCUGUUUGAAGAUUGUAUUAAAGGUUACCUGCACGGUAAAACUGUCAUUCUGGUUACCCAUCAAAUUCACUUCCUCAAGUCAGCGGACACUAUAGUAGUAUUGAAUGAAGGUGCUAUUGAAAAUGUGGGUAAUUACGAAGAACUCGCCAAAUCUGGGAAAGAAUUUGCGUUACUCCUGUCAAGCCCCGACGAGAACGUCGCUGAACCCGGAGCUACUAAGCUCGAAGCGAGACCAUCGAUGAAACGAGGUAUCUCAAGAGUAUCAAUCAAAAGCGAAAGUAGUGAAAUAGAAAAGGAGCAAAUCCAAGAAGCUGAAGAAAGGGCCAAGGGCAACCUGAAGUGGAAGGUGCUCUGGACCUACCUAUCCUCAGUGCAGUCGUGGUGCCUCGUAGCCACCACGUUGGUGGUGGUCAUGGCUACCCAGGCGGCUGCUACUGCCACGGACUUCUGGCUCAGUCAAUGGACAAAUAGUGUCGACGCAUACGAACAGUCUUUGCCAGCUGGGGAGGAACCCGAUCCCGGUUGGAAUACUGAAAUUGGAAACUUGCAAACUUGGCAAUAUUUACUCAUUUAUGGCUGCUUAAUUUUGGGUAUCAUCGUGAUCCUGCACACUCGAAUCUACGCCUUUGUUGUAAUGACAGUCCGAGCCUCAAAAAAUAUUCAUAAUCUUAUAUUUAAAAAUCUUAUCAAUGCCUUGAUGAGGUUCUUUGACACAAACUUAUCGGGUCGAGUUUUGAAUAGAUUCUCAAAAGACAUGGGUGCGUUGGACGAAAUCUUGCCGCGAUCGAUGCUGGAAACCAUCCAAAUGUACCUCUCCAUGAUAAGCAUCCUAGUGCUGAACGCGUUGGCCCUAUGGUGGACGAUCAUACCGACCUUCGUUUUAGUUAUCAUUUUUAUCGUUCUCCUGAAAUGGUACUUGAAUGCAGCACAAGCUGUGAAGAGAUUGGAGAGCACAACAAAGAGUCCCGUUUUCGGUAUGAUUACGUCUACAAUAUCGGGCUUGUCCACAAUUAGGAGCUCGGGUUCUGAAAAUAGGUUAAACCAAUUAUUUGAUGCUGCACAGGAUCUACAUUCAAGUGCUUUUUAUACAUUCUUGGGAGCUCAAAGUGCAUUUGGAUUAUAUUUAGAUUAUCUUUGUCUCGCGUACCUGGGCACUAUUAUUGCCGUUUUCCUCGUUGUUGAUUUUGGUGAAUUAAUCCCGGUGGGUAGCGUGGGUCUUGCUGUCAGUCAAUCCAUGAUACUCACAGUGAUGUUACAAAUGGCCGCCCGGUUCACUGCCGACUUUUUGGCGCAAAUGACGUCGGUCGAGAGAGUGAUUGAGUACAGUGAGCUGCCAAAGGAAGAAAACAUGUAUGAAGGAAAAAUACAGGCGCCACCGACUUGGCCGUCUGAGGGGGAGGUGCGAUUCGAAAACGUCUUCAUGAAAUAUGGACCUGAAGAUCCGCCAGUUUUGAAUGAUUUGAGCUUCCAAAUUAAUAGUGGCUGGAAGGUGGGAGUCGUAGGCCGAACUGGGGCAGGAAAAUCUUCGUUGAUUUCAGCUCUAUUUCAACUUUAUAAGAUCGAAGGGAACAUCAAAAUUGAUGGAGUAAACAUCAAAGACUUGUCUAAACAGGCCUUGAGAUCGAAAAUAUCCAUUAUCCCUCAAGACCCCAUACUUUUUUCCGCUACAUUGCGUUACAACUUGGACCCCUUCGAUACCUACAGUGACGACGAUAUUUGGAGAGCCUUGGAGCAGGUAGAGAUGAAAGAUGCUAUACCGUCGUUGAGCUACAAGGUCGCAGAAGGCGGCGGCAAUUUCUCUGUGGGACAGCGGCAGCUGCUGUGUCUGGCGCGCGCCGUGCUGCGCUCUAACAAGGUGCUGGUGAUGGACGAGGCCACCGCCAACGUCGACCCUCAAACGGACGCACUGAUCCAGUCGACCAUCCGACGCGUGUUCUCGGCAUGCACGGUGAUCACGAUCGCGCACCGUCUCAACACCGUGAUGGACUCCGACCGCGUGCUCGUGAUGGACAAGGGCCGCGUGGCCGAGUACGACUACCCCUACAUCCUGCUCAAGAAUCCCAGCAGCCUCCUCAACUUCAUGGUCAAGGAGACGGGCGAAAUGGGCAGGGCUCUUAACGACAUGGCCAAGGCUAAAUAUGACAGUGAUCAUCCCCCUGCUUAAAGCGAAUGUAUACUAGGUAGAUAGAGUUGGAACAAGCUAAUUCUAUAUGGUAUUUGCAAUGAC